AUGUGUCUGCAAGAGAAUCUUGAUGAUUUCGUGGAACCUAAGGCUAAUAAUUGUAACGACAAAGCAGGGAAGAAGAGACAGAGGAAGGAAAAACAUGAGCCUGGUCUUGAGAAGGAGAUCAAGAAGAAGAAACAAGACUCGGUUCGUGAUGAUUUGAAGAAAAAAUCCACAGAGAUUAAAGAGAUGUGGGAUUCAAUUACGAACAACAACAACUCCGGUGAUCUCGUAGCAAAUCGUCCUAAGAAAGAUGACGAUGACGAUGACGAUGAGUUAAUAAUCAGAUUGUUCAGGAGACGAAACAAGAAGAGCAAGCUUGGGAAAAAACCGGAGGAGAUUGCGAUGCAAGUAGAGCGAGUGAUGGCGAUUCUUGAGAUUGCUGUAGAAGACGACCUAGCGCUAAACAAAGAAGGCAAACCCGCCAUUAACAAGCUCAUGAAGCUGCCUCUUCUCAAUGGAGCUCUCUCAAAGAAACAGCUUCAAUCUGAGUUCUUAGAUCAUGGACUACUUAACCUUCUCAAGAACUGGCUCGAGCCGCUCCCUGAUGGCAGCUUACCUAGCAUAAACAUCCGCAGAGCUAUCUUGACGAUUCUCAACGAUUUAUGUAACUUGAUAGAUCAACAAGAGUGUAGAAAGGAACAGUUGGUCAAGAGUGGUCUCGGGAAGGUCAUAAUGUUCUUGUCAAAAUCAGAUGAAGAAACAACUUUUAACAAGAGACUCGCUAAUGACUUAGUCAACAGAUGGGGCCAUAUCAUUUACAACAAGAGCACAAGAUAUGAGGAGAUGUUUACUCAGGAGGAACGUGAAGAGCAACAUCAAGUGCUUUUAGCAAGACAGACAAGAAAGCUCUUAAGGUGUCCGAGACAGCAAAAGCUAGAGAUUUUGAGGUAG